GCCGCGCAGUUCUUCUACUCCACAGGUUUAAAAAAUGGAUUAUCCCGGGAAGAGAGCGAACAAGAAAACGAAUACGACCCGUUCUGGCAAAGGUUGGACUAUGUUGCCCUGUUGAUGUAGAACUUUAGAGUGUUGCUUUUUCUCCUUUAAAAAAUUAUGGACAGUCCCACGUUUGUACCUGCAUCCAGAUCAGUGGCUCUUGCCUCCCGUGGAGCCCACCUGCCUUCUUAUAGUGCAGUAGUUGGAACGCUAGUUCGCUUCUUCAUUUUUUUCAUUGCUGUGCUUUAUAGCUCUGGAAAGAUGUUAUUUGCAAAAAAGAGUGGUGGAAGUAAAGCCAAAAAGCUAGCGGCAUCUGCCAGCUCUGAAUUAUAUUUGCAUAAGGAUCGGCAAAGAAGAAACAGCCGGGCUGAGCAAAGACGAUCGUCCAUCCACCCGGAGAGGCUGAAAGAUUUUGGGGAGGAAGAGGAAUUAAACGGGGGAGUGAAGACAUGGGAAAUGAAGAUAAUUAGCCAAGAGGAGGAAAAACUGAAUGAUUCUGCCACCUGCCCAGAGAUGGCCAUUAGCAAACCGGUUUAUACUACCUGCAAAAAAAUUCAAGAGAUCAGCGCUGCAGCACUCAAGAUCCAGUAUGGAGUCCUGAAGACCCCCUGCACGUAUUCUAGGCUUUCGAAGCAAUAUGGAAUGGAAAUAUAUCUAAAGAAAGAACUUCUUCAGUAUACAGGAACUGCGAAGGAGCGAGGCGUCCUUUACCUUUUGAUGUCUUUAAGAGAGGACCAGCAAAGAAAUGGUGUGAUUGUGGCCUCAGAUUGCAACUUCUCCAUGGCUGUCGCAUAUCACGCCUCGGAGCUGCACAUUCCUGUUUUUGUCAUCAUGUCCGCUUGCACCCCGCCGACCCGAGUGAAGAUGUGUCGCGAGUACGGUGCCAUGGUCAUUUCCUACGGUUCUACUGUCAGAGAUUCACACCUCCAUGCCAAGAGACUGGCCCAAGAAAACAACUACUUGUACCUCGAAGAAGAUGAUAGUGCUAUCUAUCUAUCAGGGCUGGGGACCAUGGGUUUGGAGAUCUACGAACAGGUGCCCAAAUUGGAUGCAGUGAUAUUGCCAGCAGGGAUUCCCAGUGGAUUGCUGGCCAGCAACUCUGCAGCCUUGAAACAUCUGAAUCAGCAGGUCUUUGUGGUGGGUGUAGAAUUGGAGAACAUCCCUGUAGAUCAGCCGUCAUUAAAGAUGGGACAACCUAUUGAAGAUCACACCUACAGCUAUCCUCAAUUUUACAGAGAAUUGAGUGGUUUUGGCACCAACUCUUUUCAACUCACAGGAAACUGGGUUGAUAAAGUUGUAACGGUGAGAGAAGAAGACAUCUUGAUUUCUAUGCUGAGGUUGCUGGAAUAUGAACGUGUGGCUGUUGAUGCAGAAGGAGCCAUUGCACUGGCUGCUCUCGUGUCUGGGAAACUGCCAGAAUUAAAGGGCAAAAGAGUGGCUGUGGCUGUGAGCAAUGGAAACAUGGAACUCCCUCUGAUGAGGCAGUGCAUGGAUCAGGCCCUUACUCUUGAUAACAGAGUGUGCAAAUUUACUGUCAUGACCGUUGACUGCCCAGGAGAGAUUUCAAAGCUACUGGAGACCUUAGCUCGUGAGGAGGCAAGAAUCUUGAACAUCAGACAAGAACAGCCAUACAUGAGAUCUGAUUUGUUCACCAAUGAGGUGUCCUGUGUGAUAGAAACCAGAGACAGAAGCCAUACCACUCAAUUAAGAAAGAUCCUCACAGAACGUUAUCCAACGAUAAUAUGGGUGGAACGGUGAAGAUGAUGACAGCUGAUCGGAAGCUCCAUUUUUUAAAAAAUAAUAUGGAAAGCAAUAAUAUUGCAAGUAGCAUUUCUUCCUAGAACUUGGCGAUCCAUCAGUGACAGAGUUGAUGUAUGUUCUCCCCAAGAGGUUGCAAUCUAAAAAGAACAAUCAAUAUGGAGUAAAUAGCUUUAAGUUUUAUUUAUUUCAUUCAGGAGAGUUUUUGCACAGAUCCAUAAAAGGCAUAUGUUAAACUCCAGUUCAUAAUUCUAUCUCCCUCGAGUGUAAGGUGAACCAAUAGAGAUACAGUACAAUGUUACCAUAGAUGUUCUACUUGAUGACAAUUCAUAAUUUCUGGGUCAAUCCAAUAUUGCUGCAUCAGUAGUCCAUAAAAAUUACUAGUUAAAUGUUUACUAAUCAGUCCACUUAGUUAUUUCUGGCACACAGUCUGGGGGGGGAAAGGACCAAUCUGUCAUCUUCAUCUUUUAGGAAAAUUGAUCUUGCAAAUAUUUUUUUCCCCAAGUCUGAAUUGUUUUUUAUCUUUUCUUCAUCUAGAUCAUUUUGGACCUGGCAAGUAUUUCCUAUUAGGACCCAAUCUUGCCAUUGCUCAAUUUAAAAUUUUAGGUUUUUAAAGACCACACUGGGCUACAUAUUUUGGGUUGGGGGUUUCCUUAGAAGUCUGCUUCUUGGUUGUUGUUUUUUUUAAGUAAAAUAUAUUCGGACCACAAAGCAAGUUGAGUUUGUUCAUAGGGAGUCAAAUCACGCAGAAUUUGCCUUGUGUUUUGCCUUCCUGGUUGGAAUUUGCCUUCCUGGUUGGAAGAGAGAAUGUUCAAGAAGGAAAAUAAAUAAGUAAAGAUGGCAUUCA